UUUCCCAUAAGACAGUUCGAGCCACGUCCGCAGCCGCCAUAGUGGAACGUGUGAGAGCUAGCAGACGCAUCCAAGAUGAAUAUCUUCAGACUUUGCGGUGAUAUGUCCCAUCUUUUAGCAAUAGUAUUGUUAUUGCUAAAGAUGUGGAAGACGAGAUCAUGUGCAGGUAUCUCUGGCAAGAGUCAGAUACUUUUCGCCCUGGUGUUUACCUCACGAUACCUGGAUCUGUUCACUUCAUUCAUCUCGAUCUACAACACAGCCAUGAAGCUGUUCUUCCUUACAUCGUCAUUCUUCACAGUCUAUCUUAUGUUCAUGAAGUUCAGGGCCACUUAUGACAGUAACCACGAUACAUUCAGAAUGGAAUUUUUGGUGGUGCCAGUCGGUGGCUUGGCCUUCCUUGUCAAUCAUGAGUUCUCUCCCCUUGAGAUUCUGUGGACCUUCUCCAUCUACCUGGAGUCAGUGGCCAUCCUGCCACAGCUGUUCAUGGUGAGCAAGACCGGUGAGGCCGAGACCAUCACCAGCCAUUACCUGUUUGCCUUGGGAUCCUACAGAGCUCUGUACAUCUUCAACUGGCUGUACCGUUACUACUUCGAGGGAUUCUUUGACUUGAUAGCUGUGGUGGCUGGAUGUGUACAGACAAUAUUGUAUUGCGAUUUCUUCUACUUGUACAUCACUAAAGGUCAGUUCAAAGCUAUAAAGGACAUGAGUUUUGAAGGGGAAGAAGCUCAGCCUACCGGCUUAAGGAUAGAUAUUGUCUAGAAACUUUCCCCAUGUGAAUACUGAGGGCUGGAUAAGGGUCAAUGUUGGUGGACUGAAGAAGUAAGGCAUGCUUCCAGGAGCUUCCAGGAAGUUCAGAACAGAAAUUGGAUAUCAACCUGGCUCCAGUUACUGACCAUAGCUGCAAAUUAUGUCCAGUAUAAGAAAUUAUCAUGAACAAUAACUGUAAAUAAGUUCAGAUUGUUAACAUUCUUGGUUCUAUCAGAGAUAUAAAAUAAUGUCUGUAAGUGACUUUUAAUGUUCACAUCUCAGUUGGGAGUUUUUGUGUAUCUGCAAAUAACCAGUGAUUUUAGUCUCAACCAUGUCAACAUGACUAGGGUGAUCCAGCAGUCGUAUACAUGGUGAUUCGUGUAUCUACUAACACUAAUCAUGAGAAGUCCCUGAUCACGAGACUAGCGACAGAACUGUACACUUCCCUUCUAGUUGUGUCAACAAAGGAGCAUGCUUUACUUGAUUGGUCUGUUGCUAGGAAGUUGAUCAUGCUGCGGUAUUUUAAUAUAGCCAUCAGAAUGUAUGUUGUGUAUGUCUGCCUGCAAGGUGAUGAAAAGUAUUUUAUAAAUGGAAUUUGGGCUAUUUUCUAACUGGCCGGUUGGGCGUUGGACUUUCUAUUCUGAAAUUCUUAUUGGUAUGUUUAUGGGCACAUGUCUAAUUUAUGAUAUCUACUUUAAAUUGUUUUGAAUUAUAAUUACAGAGCCUGUUUGAGGUUCAUCAAUAUCACAUGGUGUUAUUUACUCUAUUAAAUUAAAUAUGUUGUUGCUUCAAAUUAGACAUGUGCCCCCCAGGUAUGUGAUGUGAACAGAUACUAUCAAUUCUAUUGUUCAAUAUUCAUUAUCAAUAGUUUUAGUUUUGUUACAAUUUAUUUUAUAGGAUAUGCUUUUGUUGGUUCCAUUGUUUACAAGUAUACUCACUAGGGGUACAAAAUAAGAUCUUGUGUCAGACUCCCGGGUUUAGAUUGUGCAUCAUGUAGAAAUUACAAAAGUGCCAGUAUUUGAUCAUCAAUGAUUCCGGCUAAGGAUGUCCAUCAAAAUGUUUGCCUGUGAACAAUUCAUGGAUAUUACGGGGAGUAGCAUACAAUAGUAUAGAAUGGUCUGUGUGAAUGUAUAGUUCAACACUUGUUUUGUUACGGUCAUGUUAACAUCAAAAUGUCAACCAGCAGUAGCAUUGUAUGAAGCAUAUCUGACUUCCGUGAGGGAUAUAAGAUAGUACUAUUUUCUUAAUAGGUGCAUUUUGUACAUAUGUCAUGUCUACUGAUGCCAUAUUGUGUGUUUUGCUGUCUCGAUGGGGACCAGAUGGAAGAUAUUGUGUUGAUGAUCAAGCCACUGUUUCUCGCUAGCUCAUCUCGCUCUUACAAACUUGUAGGACUGGAUCCAUAAUGCUGUGCUAGAAGUAAUCAUGUAAGGCAGAAAAUAAUCAUUGGUAAUAAGUAUGAAAAUUCAGCAAUAUCCGGUAAAUGUUUGGAUCAAUUUAGCAAGCCUUGAUUUACAACUACUGGUGUCAUUCGUGUAGUGCGAGACUUUGUUAAAGCGAGUGAAUACAUUUGAAUUGUAUACAUGGUUUGUAAGAGUGGGAACCCAUGUUGGGGCAUCAGGUAGAUGACCUUUGUUACCCCAGUGAUAGGAACAGCUUUACAACUAGUCUGUAUGUACUGUACAAGCCUCACUCUUAACUGUCGAGACAGGGGUCCAGAAACAAUAUACUAAAACCUGUACAGUAUUCAGUCUAACCAGAGUCCAUGGUGAUAUUCCACAAAAACUAUCCUUUGCUUUCAAACUCAGUUAAGUCAAGAGGUGUGGUAUUUCCUUUUCUGUAUCCAUGUAAGUAAAAUACCACCAUUGGCGCUGCUUUAGUUUACUGCUGAUCUUCUCACCAAGACAUGGGUUAUAGAAGUACUCUCCGUAACUGAAUAGUAGCUCUCUGCUCCUUCCAGAUAUCAUGGACCCCUGUCGUUUACUGUUAUUGCCAUUUCAUUCAUUUGUACAGACUAUUUAUUCAUUAUUUCAUAAUGGUGCCUGGAUUUGAUUCUUCGUAACAGCUGUAAUCUACCAUAUUAAACCAUGUGUAGACUGAUGCAUGCAGAUAGAGUAGUUAUUCAACUAUCUUUGGUUUCAUUGUUAAAAAUGAUAUAAUGAUAUGCGACGUCUUGUCAAAAACCUUUCACCAAAUUGCUGUAAGCAACAAAUGAAUUGUAUAAAUAAAGACAAACACUUAA